AUGUCCUCGUUGCUCACUGUCGCUCGGGAGAAGUUCCUGGAAGCGAUCCGUAAUGUUAAGCCUGAGCCACCUGCACGACGGAAAGCGCUUGUUGUGGACGAGCAUUCGCAGAGGGUGUUGUAUAAUGUGUUGAAGAGGAAUGAUAUACUUGAGGAGGGUGUGACUGCGAUUUUCGUCAACACGGAUCGACUUUACGAGCCGCUACCGGAGCAAGAGGCGAUGUACAUCCUCAUGGCUACAACGCAGAACGUCGAACGUAUCGUUAACGAAUUCUCGUAUGGAAAUCGACAGUUCAAGAAGGUGCAUUUAUUCUUUCUUGACCCACUCCCCGAAGAACUCUUCCAACGACUCACGAACUCACCCGCAAUCGACUUCCUCGUAUGCGUAACGGAGUUGUUCUUGAACUUUUGGGCUAUGGAGGCGUGUGUGUUCUCCAUCCAGUCGCCGCAGAUGUUUUUCAGCGCGUUCUCUCCUCCGCGUGGACAACAAGCGAUUGGACCGAUGCGAGAGCGACUUAUGGAGGAUUUGAAGUUUACUGCUAGACAUAUUGCCAACAUCUGCAUUACCCUCAACGAAUUCCCCUACAUCCGUUAUUACCAACCCUCACACCACAAGCCUCUCGGUCCACUCAUCCCUACACAAGCGUUCCUCCCACCACCGCCAACAGAGGGUUCGCAAAGGUGGCGUACGAACCUUGCGAGAGGGGCUACGGCGCGUGCGUAUGAGGAUGCUGAGAACGAGUAUGUUAGUAGGGCGUUGGCGGUGAUGGUACAGGGGUUGUUGGAGGAGUAUGAGAGGGGGAACCCGGAGUUUCCUAAAAAGCAAGGACGACCGAGAGGGACGUUAAUUAUUACGGACCGCUCGAUGGACGCUGUCGCCCCGUUUUUGCAUGAGUUCACGUAUCAGGCUAUGGCGAAUGAUUUGCUUGAUAUCGUUGAUGGUGUUCAAUACUUACAUAUACACAAGAACAACGUAGGGAUGGAAGAACGCAACGAGGUAGUGUUGAAUGACGAAGACCCUGUAUGGGUCGACGUACGACACUUGCAUAUGCGUGAGGCGAUUGAUAAGCUUAUGGGAGACUUUAAUGAGUUCUUGAAGGAACAUACGUCGUUUACUGGGGAGGGUCCGGCGAGUAUGGAAGCUAUGCGGGAUAUGAUUGCGACGUUGCCGCAGUACCAGUCGCAGAUGGCGAAGUUCUCGCUACAUUUAUCGAUUGCGCAAAAAUGUAUGGAUUUGUUUGAGUCGCAGAACUUGCCUGCUCUGGCAACCAUCGAGCAGAAUUGUGCGACUGGUCUCACCGCUGAGGGGAAGACACCUAAAACGCUCGUUGAAGAGAUGGUUCCUGUACUGGAUAGCAAAGACGUGGUGAACGCCAACAAAAUGCGCAUCAUCUCGCUCUACAUCCAAUACCGCGAAGGUGUACCAGAAGAAGACAAACGACGGCUCUGCCAGCAUGCACGACUACGACUCGCAGAGAUCGAUGCGAUUGGUAGUUUGGUGCAUUUAGGUGUACGUGUGACGCGUGGUCCGGCGGAUAAGGAUAUUAGGAGGAAGGUGAAGGCCAGACCGGGGGAAGAUGAGGAGUAUGAUUUGUCGAGGUAUAAGCCUGUUUUGCAGACUGUUUUGGAUGAUCACGUCUCGGGGAAACUCGACACAUCCGUAUUCCCCUACGUCAAAGACUCCCCAGCCCAAAGCCUCAAAACCGCCUCUCCAAAACCUCCACCUCCACAAACGACCUCUCUCCGCAGUGCACGCGCUGCAUGGCACAAAGCACCUCGACCAGGCGGGCCAGGUGGCUCCUCACAAGACUCAACGCGGGAAAGACUACUCGUAUUCGUAGCAGGUGGUAUGACCUACAGCGAAAUGCGCACCGCGUACCAACGCUCUUCUCGAUUAAAUCGAGACGUGAUAAUUGGAAGUUCGCACGCGACUACGCCAGAAGAGUUCAUGGACGAUUUGAAAGUCCUAGAAUUGGGAGGUGUAGGGUCAAGAGUUGCACCGAAUGGAGUUGGGGAAGCGUUGGGUAGUAUGCAGAGGUAUUAUGAUGAGAGGUAUUAUGUUGCUGAGCCCAUCGUGCCUCCGCCUCGAGCGAAGUCGGCGCCUGUUGGACCGGAUCAGCAGCAACAGAGACCUGGAAGAGGGUUUGGUGGGUUGUUGAGUCCGAGUGGUGGAGGGGGAGGGGGAGGGGGACCGAGGUUGAGUUCGACGCAGAGUAUGAAUUCGGUUAGUAGUGCUGGUGCGGAGGUGACGCCUGCGAGUGGUGGGGAUGGGAAGUUGAAGAAGAAACGUGGGUUUUUCAAGUUUUAAGUUUAUAAUUACAUGGAUUGGGAUUAGGGAUGAUGUCUUUGACGAGGGGAAGGGGAGAACGAGGAUUGUAGUAUUAUAAAUGCUUUACUUGCAGUAAAUAUAUUUUUCCUUUCUCUACAGAAUUCGUCCUUUGCCAUCUUGUUACUAAUAAUAAUCAUUAUGCGAUAUGAGUUGAACC